AUGAAGAACUAUCUCCUGCUCGCAGCCGGCCUGCCUCUGAUCGCUGCCACAUGGACCAACGGCUCUGUCAUCGCUCCAUGCGAGUCUACGUUAUAUUGUCAGGGAGAGAUCUUGCGAGCGAUACAAUUGGCCGGCGCAUUCGUUGACAGCAAAACGUACGUCGACUUGCCGACAAUUCGUCCUCUGGAAGAUGUCGUCGCUGCAUUUGAGCAGCUCACCCAACCAUUGUCCAACAAUACAGAGCUGCAAAACUUCCUGAGCGAGAAUUUUGGCGAGGCUGGCAGCGAAGUGGAAAAUGUCGACCCGGACUCGCUCACGACUGACCCCACAUUUCUGGAACAUGUGGACGAUGAGGAUCUUCGAGAUUUUCUGGAGCAGGUCAUUGAUGUCUGGCCUGAGUUGACCCGCAAGUACGUCGGAGCAUCCGACUGCACUGGCUGUGUGAGCUCGUUCAUUCCGCUGAAUCGCACAUUCGUGGUUGCUGGAGGACGUUUCCGUGAGCCAUAUUACUGGGAUUCGUAUUGGAUCCUGCUCGGUCUGCUUAGGACAAAGGGAUCAUUCACCGAGAUUGCACUGAACAUCAUUGAGAAUUUCCUCGACUUGGUGGACGAGUUCGGAUUUGUGCCAAACGGGGCCCGGCAGUACUACCUCAAUCGCAGUCAGCCGCCCGUCCUCACACUGAUGGUCAAGGCCUACGUGGAGUACACCAACGACACUUCCAUCCUGGAGAGAAUGCUACCAACGCUCGAGCGGGAGUACUCUUUCUGGACGACAAACCGCUCCGUGGACGUCGACGUAAACGGCACAACCUACAUCCUCAACCGAUACAACGUCAACAACAACCAGCCUCGUCCAGAAUCCUACAUCGAAGACUACCGCACCGCGACCAACAGCUCCUUCUACGCCCCUUCCGGCAUCAUCUACCCCUCCAACCCUCUCAACGACACCCAAAUCGCCCAACUCUACAGCGACCUCGCCUCCGGCGCCGAGUCCGGCUGGGACUACUCCGCCUCCCGCUGGACCCGCAACCCGACCGACGCAAUCACAGACACCUACUUCCCCCUCCGUAGCCUCAACACAGCCAACAUCAUCCCCGUCGACCUCAACUCGAUACUCUACGCCAACGAAGCCAUUCUCGCCCAAUUCCACAACCUUACCGGCAACGCCACCGCCGCGGAGCAAUGGUCCGCCCUCGCCGAAACCCGCUCAAAAGCCAUGACCGCCGUGCUCUGGGACCCCGACCAAUGGGGUUACUUCGACUACAAUAUCACCUCCUCCUCCCGCCAAAUCUACGUCCCCGCCGACUCCUCCGCGACCUCCGAUCACACCCACUCCCCCUCCUCCCCGCCCGGCCUGCAAGUCACCGUCCACGCUGCACAAUUCUACCCCUUCUGGACCGGCGCCGCUCCGAUCUGGCUGAAGAACAACCCCUCCGCCGUCCUCCGCGCUUUCCGCCGGGUGGAAAAUCAAUUGGACACUUUCCCAGGCGCGCCUCCAGCCACAAACCUCGCGACGGGACAGCAGUGGGAUGAACCCAACGUCUGGCCUCCCCUGACCUACAUCCUCGUCCAAUCUCUCCUCAACGUAUCUCCGACUUUCGGCACCGAAGAUCCGAGCUAUAACAAGACGCAGACUCUAGCGCUGGAGAUCGCGCAGCGGUAUGUCGACAGUGCGUUCUGCACGUGGCGGUCGACGGGCGGACGGACGAGGAAAUUGCCGCCGCUGGGAGGCGAGGAGGGAGGGGAAGGUGCGAUUUUUGAAAAGUAUAAUUCGACGAGUGUGUUGGUUGGUGGUGGGGGUGGGGAGUAUGAGGUUCAGACGGGGUUUGGGUGGACGAAUGGGGUGUUGAUUUAUUUUGGGGAUGUGUUUGGGGGGAGGUUGGGGGUGGGGGGGUGUACGGCGGAGGGUGGGUGA